UCGCGAAACUGUCUUUUACAAAAAUGUUUCUUCAAUAUAUUUUAUUUUAUUGCCUAAUGCAACAUGUGUUACCGAUGGAGGUGGAAGUUAAUAAUGAAUGUAAAUUUGCCGAAGACUCUCUUGAGCGCACAUCAGCAAAUGAUCUUCAUUUCUCUAAAGGACUUUGUGAUGAAGCUUACGAGGAAUGUUAUAAUGCAGCUGAGGAUGAACUUAAAAGAGAAGCUUGCAGUUAUCCACGUAACAACUGUGUGAACGGAUUUAUAGGUCAUUACGAAACUAUUAUUGAGGAUUCAGAAUAUGCAACCAAACUAUUUAAAGACGCACUGAGCGGUAUUACUGAUGAUUGCUAUGGAUUAUGUAAAUAUGAUUUAGUUUUUAAGAAAUUAGUCGAUGAACAUGUAUUCUGUGAAUAAAUUG